UGAUCAAAUGGAAUUACAACUCCUUCCUACACCACACCCAAGAGGCUCUCGGUCACGUGACCCAACGUGGUCAUCUGGUUCAAUCAGGUUUCAAUCAGACAACACACGAUAUCAAAUGGGUCCAUCACUAGACCUACAAUUAUCGAACAGUUCUCGACCAGUUGGGUCUUCCCUGGAUGACUGUAUAUUAGGUGACCUUUCCCACAAAGGCUCAACAAAAGCACUGAAAUGGCAAGAAGCAGAUCAAAUCCGAAUAACAUCAACAGAGAAGGCGUAUGUGGAGCGUGUAAGGGAGAUGACCCAACGAGAGAUGGAUUUGGCACAAUCAGAGUUGUCAUGUGCCAGACACAUGUGGGAGAGAGCACAAGAAGACGUCGCAAGGGCGGAGAAUAUGAAAGCAAAAGCGACACAUUGGAUUGAUUCAACCUGUAUGGAGAUAACUUGUCAGGCUUGCAGGCAGACAUUUCGACCUUGACCGGUUUUAAGAAUCCUUGAUCAUUAGUAAAAGGUCAACUUGUAAGCAAUUCGAUAUUCAUCAGAGUCGUACUGGUGGUGUAUAAGUUCAGAAUCAGAAUCAAAGUAUUCAUAAUUUCUUUUGUUUUUAGUUUCUAUACAAGUAUUUUGCAGUCAUGUUUUAA